ACACACACACACACAUAUAUAUGUUGAUAUUUGUAAUUUAUUUCUUUCAUCAUUAAUCAUAAUACAGUGUAAAAGUAUGGAUUCACACGAAAAGGUUACAUGGCAAAUUACUAAAAAUUCUGUAAAUGAUAGAAUGAUAGAAUCUUCAUUAGUUCAUAGAUUUAGUAGCUCAAAAAAAUUUAGGAAAAGAACUAAAUUACUUAAUAAUUGGUUAGAAAAUCAUAGAACCUUAAAAAGUUACAAGGAUUAUGUUGACAUGAAAAAAUUAAUAAAUAGAAAUGAACCAAAAGAUUCAUUAACUGAAGACGAUAAUAGCUAUGGAGAAGAGGAUUAUUUCAUCAAGCAUAGAAAUAUAUAUACAAGUAAGACACAGAAAUCUAAAAAUGAAAUAUAUAAUAAUAAAGGCAUUAUUACUUCUACCUUAAAGAAGAUCAAAACGCAAGAAAAUGAAAUUUCAUUCACUGAUUCAUACUCGCAUCGAACGAAGAAAAAAAAUACAAGAACGAGAUCAAAUAUUCUUCAAGAUAAGUAUCAUGAUAAUUUACAAAAUACUGAUGUUCCAGUUAAGAAAAAACAAUCAAUAGAUUUACAAUGUUUGAAAGAAACUGAGAAAACAGAACUUAAAGAUAAUAAAGAAAAGAGUUCUAAUUUUUUUAAUAUCUGUGAUGACAAUACUGUAAUUAAGACAAAAACAAAAUCAACAGGAGCAUUUUCUAAUCGUAAAUGUAAUAAUUCAUCAUUGAAUGAUAAAAAAACUUAUAAAGAAAUAUUAGAUUUUAAAUGUCUUGAGAAUAAUGAUGUUUCUACUCAUGGUGUAAAUCAGAAAAGUGUAGAUAACUCUAAAAUUUCAAAAAUUGUUAAUCAUAUUCAAGAGGAUGUAUCAUAUAAUAUAAGUAACAUCAGGCAAACUACAGAAGACAUUUUAUAUGACGUAACUCCUGAAAAACAAAAAAUAGCAACUUGUAAUUCUAACGUGUUGCGUGAUAAUAUAGAUUUAUCCGAUAUUAAAAGUAGUAAAGAUAAAAAUGACAUAUGCUUUCUUAAUUCAUUUGCUAAACAAACAGAAAAGUCAUCUCCUAGAAUUAUAUCUUCUGAAAUUAUCAAUAUUAAAUAUAAAAAGAUUAAUAAUGAAGAAUCUUACAAUAACUUAUCGAAUGAAUUUUAUAAUAAUGCCAAGUUAUUAAAAAAUAAGUAUUUUCAAGAACUUUCAGAAUAUGAACAAGAAGAAGAACCACAAAAAAGUUUAACUUAUGUAGACAGUACACAUAGCAGUAUUAUAUCAACAUCUGAAAAACGCUUAAAACAGCUUAAAAAUUUUAAUUUGACUACAGAAGAUAGUUCAAGUGAGGACGAAAUGUUACAACAACAAAAUUUAAAUAAAGAAAUUUUGUUUAAUAAUUCAAAUUGUACAGUUACCAAAAAGAUUAUGACUUGUAAUACAAAUUUAAAUUCAACUAUAAAAAGUGCUUCAAGCGAGGAUGAAAUGCUACAACAAAAUAUAAAUGAAAAGAUUUGUAUUAAUGAUUCAAAUGAUAUUUCCAAAAAAACAACAUGGAGUAAAUUAAAAUUAAAUAAAUCAUCUAACAUAGAUCAUAAAAGUAACAUAGGUCAAAGUAUUUUUAAUAUACGGAAUAAAAGUAAUAAUAUAAAUCACAAUAACAGUAUUGAUCAUCACAGUGAUGAUAACAAUAAAUAUUCCACAAAACCUAGAGAAACAGAUAUAUCUAAAAAUUAUGAACCACUACAAACAUUUCAUGAAAGACCUUGCAAUUUACAAGAUUUUAUCAAAGAAGAAAAGUUAUUUCAGGACUCAACUACAUCAGCUUUUACACUUAAAGAUCUCUCCAAAGACGAUGAAAUUUUUCUUUUAGAUAUUCCAAGAACAGUACAACUGGAAGAUUUAAAAGGUCAAAGAAUUAUUUUAAAAGAGAAAAAAUUAAAACUUGGGGAAAAUAAAUAUGAGAUUUUGUACAAAGACGUAGCAUCUCAAUCUUGUGUUUUUAGUACUUGUAAAAAUAAUAAACCAUACAAAAUAGUUAACAUUAAACCCACUGGCUCGAUCGUGGUAAGACGAAAAUUAUAUCCAUCAUAUUUGACAAAAAAUUCUGAACAUAAUAUAAAACCUUAUAAUAUUACAUAACAUUAACUAAUUUAUAAAUUUACAAAUAAAUAUGAACAAAAUAAUUGUAAAUAUUAUUUUAUCAAUUAUAUUUUAUUACUAAAACAUUCUGUUUGUACUGAAUUAAUGUUGAAUUUUAUUACUAAAAUAUUCUAUUUAUAUUGAAUACAACAUUAUAUGUAUGUAUGUUUGUUAGAAAAAGAUCAUUCUUGCAGAUGAGAAUAAAUAAUCCCUUCGAUUAUUUAA